AUUCACGCUUUUCACAAAAAAAGAAAAGCUAACCUUGACAUGUUCUGUCUACAGUUAACUUUCUAAAGAAAAAAAAAGGAAGAUAAACAUUGAUGAAAUAUGUGACCCAUGUUAACUGUCUUAAUAAGUGAACUUCUCUGUGUUUUGUAUGCAAACAUUCUUUCAAUACCCUCCUCAGGCAUUUCAAAUGUUAUCCAAGAUUUCAAAGGACACCAACGUAAGUAGACGAAUGAAAAAUGUUUGUGCUGAAUUUCAGCCAGCCGCCCUCUCACCGCUCCGUCUCUCUCCUCUGCCAGCUCACCUUGGAAAAGCUGUGCCGACUGAAGCCGUUACACUCUGGUCUCUCCCCUGCUGUGCUCAGAGACCUCCAGUGGCCUGAGAUCAGUGGAGCUGCCCACUGUCAGUGCUGGAAAACGCUGCUAACUGAGCUUAAGCCCGGCCACAGAGCCAUGCUGUACAACGCAGUGCAGGAGGCUCUACAGAGAGAAAUGAGGAACAUCACUCAGCAGGUAAACUGUCUGUUACCAUUUGUCCCUCUGAGGAAGCUGAUACAGGCCGUGGAUGGCGAAACCGUUUUGAGAAGCAUCAGCAUGUACGGAGGCAUAAGCUGGUCACCACAGCAGGCUCAGCUGCUGUUCAGUAAGAUCCAAGAAUUUCAAAACAUUACCAGCAAGUCAGUGCGGUCUUUCGGUCAGAUUGCCGGCGGGAUGAGUUGUGACUUUUUGAGGCUCUGGAUCAAUGAUACAGAUUUUACCGAACUGCUUCAGUUUGUUAGCGCGCUGCCUGGAGGCACAAGACCUGCUCUGCGAAAAUGUAUUGUGGAGGAUCUGAGGAAACAACCUGACCUCGACCUCAACGCCUUCGGUUCUGGAUUUGCUGCAGCGUUACCGGUGACAAUGUUAGAGAACCUCUCCAACGCAUCCUUCAGAGCCAUUCUGGACCACAUUCAGACCCACUUUGCUGAUUUCCUCAAACUGCCGCAUUACAAACAGACGAAUUUAGCCGAGAAGGCCGUAACCGAGCUGGGCUCUUCUUCGGCUGAGGGGAUGAUUGAUGGCACCGCUCUGGACGUCCUGGGGCCUCUGCUGCCUUUCUUGGACCGGGACAGUUUGGCUCUAGUGGACAGAAGAGCACUGACUCUGCGGCUGGAGGAGAUAAGAAGUUUCUGCCUCCCUAAAGAGGCUCUGAGAGAUAUUAGCGCUCUGCUCACUCAGAGAGACCUGCUCGGGUAAAACAACAUGUCUGCGGGAGAUGCUGGUUUUGACAGUUGGGUCAAUAAUACGUCAAGAGGAGAUUUAUUUAACUGGCUACAUGCAUUCAAGCAGCAGAAGCGUUGAAAAAGUGAUAGAUUGUGGAAAAAACACAUACUGUUUAUAACAAAUAUAUGACAUCUAUGCAUUUGUCUCGUUUAGGUCAGAAACACUAAAACAGAACUCUGCACAUCAUGAUAGCCUGAAUACACAAAAUACGUCAAGAGAUUAGGUUCAGAACGUCUGGUAAAUGUGAAAAUAUAAAGUACAUUCACACAACAACAACAGCAAAACAAGCGCUGACAAAAAUAUUGAUGGCAUAAAAGGGAUUAGCUGCUUUU